AUGGAAGCGCAAGGAAUUGUGUCAACAACUCAACUUGACAACACAAGUAGGCAAACUGUGUCAUCUUGGAUCAAAAGAGUUUGGUCUUUUUUGUCUGAAAAUCAAGAUUUGAUCCCAGAAGUUGAAACACUUCCAAUUUUACCAGAACCAAGGAAUGGAAAGUCUGCUAUUCACAGUCUGUAUUCUUUGAAGGGAGACCAUAUGCUUACACAGUCACAGGGCUUGACUCCACUUCCUGGUGAGGUGAAAGAAGUUCUGAAAAUUUGUGGUGUAGGUUUAUUGGAAGCAGUAUCAUUUGUCCCAGAUGAAAUCGUAACCAAAUAUAUUGCAUAUCCAACAGCAGAAGAUGUUUGUAAUGUUUUGGAAAAAGCUUUUAAAAAAAAUGAAAGCUAUAUUGGUAAGAUCAAUCAACUAUCAGUGAACACAAGGAAACAUUUGGCUGUAUUCUUGGAAAAAAGCAGCUCAAAGAAAAUGACGGAUUCCUUGAAGAUAUAUUUACGGAGAUUGAAGUUAUUUCCAGUUCAUAAUUCACACAAAGCAGGUGCUGACCUUUAUUCAGUGAUGGAUGUUACAGGCAUUGUCCCCCAAUCAUUGAAGAAUUUCCCAGUCAAAUACCCCACUCUGCUGAUUGAUGGUAGUUUUUCUCUGGCUUACAGUUUGGGAUGCCCAGAAUUUGAAGAACAAAGACUGAUGGAAAAGACCCUGUGUGCAAUUUCAAGCUGUGAAAUAUACCAACCAGAGGAAGUUGCUUUGUUUAUGAAUUAUUUUCUGAAGAGACUUGAUGAGUCUACUUCUGGAAAGCAGUUAGAGAUAGCUUCCAGUAUACCAUUUGUUGAAACUGGAAAUAAUGAAUUGAAAGCUCCAAAAGACUUGUUUAAUCCAUCUGAUGCUGAAUUGCAUGAACUUUUUCAAGGAGAGGAAAAAAGCCGUUUUCCAAAGAAUUCUGUAGACUGCUGGAAGUUACAAAAACUUAAGAUUAAAACCUCAGCAGAUAUUACUGCAGCAGAUCUAUUGGAGACAGUCACAUUUAUGGAAAUAACUGAGGCAACAUUAGACUGUGCUAAAUGUACAAGGAAAGCAAAUGCUGUCCUUAAGUUCACUGGUAACCUGCAGCAGGAUUUAGAAUUUAGCAAGUUAAUUGAGGAAAUGAGGCAAAAGUGUUGGAUGCCAGUGAUGAGAAAGAGACCAGAAAGAUAUCCAAAGCAAAUGGAUUGGAAGGGUGAUGAAAAGAAGGUAUGCAGACCCAUUGAUGCGUGCUCUCAAGAAAACAGCUCGGUUGUUGGCUCUGUAUGUUUUAUUUCCGAUUGUGAUCAAACCCAAGAGGUGUUACAAUGUUUACUACAAACCCCAAACACAGAUCUAGCUAUUCAACAGUUAAAACACUUGUCAGAGAAGUACAAAGACUUGAAGCAACCUUUGGAGUAUGAAUGGAUGCUGAAAGAGUUGUUUGAUUUUCUGGCACCAAAGGAUAUAAACUCUGCUGAAUUGAAACAGUUAGACAUUGUUCCAACUAAAUUAUCAUUCACAAAGAGCUCAAAUGUAUACAUAGAAUUUUUGAGUGAUACAUGCCAAAUACAAUUAGAGCCUUACAUGUAUCAACUGAGUGAAUGCUGGACAGAUAAGGCUGAAAUGAGAAACUUCUUUAUUCACAUAGGCUGCAAAGAGUGUUUGACCACUGAAGAUCUCAUACUGGUUGAGGAAAAGAUCAGAGACUACCACAACUGUAUUGAUAGCCCCCGAGAAAGCAGUGAGUUCAUAAGAGAUUUGCAUAUUUUGAUUGAUAUCUUGAAUAUUUUGAAAGAAAAUUGUGAAAAGUUGUCUCAAGAGCAACUGCCUCGUAUCCUUUUUCCAGUUCAUAUGAAAACAGAGCACCUGCUUCUGAAACCAGCUCAAGAGUGUACCUACACAGAUGACAAACACAUUGAACUUCCGGAAGUACAAAGAGAUGGAGAGGAAGAUGAGGAGCUUCACUUUGUACAUGAAAUGGUCAGAGAGUCUGUUGCCGAGUGCCUUGGUGUUUCAUCCUUGACACGCAGAGUUAUGGAAAGUGGAGGGAUUGAAGAUUUGGAAUUUGAACAAUGGGGGCAAGAAGAACCACUUACCACAAGAAUUGGAAAUCUUUUAGAGGAGUACGCUGAGGGACUUCCUGUGUUCAAGGAAAUGCUACAAAAUGCUGAUGAUGCAGGAGCAAGUUGUAUGAAAAUACUUUUUGAUGAAAGACAAAAUGUACAGGCAAGAACUGGUUUGAUUGACAAAGGUAUGGAAGAGUGUCAGGGACCUGCCCUUUGGUUUUACAAUGAUGCUAAAUUUGAAGAUCAGGAUUUUCAGAAUAUCAUUAAACUUGGAGGUGGAACCAAAAAAUUGGAGAACACAAAGAUUGGAAAAUUUGGAUUAGGAUUCUGUUCUGUGUACAAUGUAACAGAUGUCCCUAGCAUCGUCAGUGGAAGGUAUAUUGUUUUCUUUGACCCAAGAACUAUACAUCUUGGAAAAGCUAUCAAGGACAAAUCAAAACCUGGUCUUCGCAUUCCCAUUUCAAAGGUGGUGAGCAAAUUCAAAAAGCAGUUCAUGCCUUACAAUAAAAUUUUCAAUUGUGAUCUUUCAGCAGAGAAUAAUCAGGAGGAAUAUGAUGGCACUCUCUUCAGACUACCUUUACGUACAGCUACACAGGCGAAAGACGAAACAAACAGCAUAUCCUCAGAAGAGUACAGACGUGGAGAUGUUGUGUCUAUCUUUAAGAAAUUCAUGGAAUCUGCCGGCAAUCUAUUGCUGUUUACACAAAAUGUUGAAAAGAUUGAACUGUACUCUCUUCAGUCUGAUGACCCUGAAAAAUGUUGCCUGUUAUACUUGGUUGAAAGGAGUGGAGAAUUACAAUGUACAAACCUUCUUGAAAAGGCCAAAGCUUUAGUAUCAGUGGGAGAAAAGAGAUAUGUGGAGACUUUUAAUAUUAGCAUCAAUGUACAAGUGAACAGCAGUGAUGUUGAAAGGUUCUUUGGAAGAAAUUAUGAAAAUACCAUGAUUGGAUCAGUUUCUAACUGGACUGUGUCUUGGGCUGUAUCAGAUAUUGAACUAGAACUUAAGGGAUGUCUUCCAGUAGCCAGUACAGCCAUCCCUCUCUCUUUUUCACUAGACAGAAAUCAAGGUAAUGCUCCUUAUGGAUUCUACAAUACUGGACAUGUGUUCUGCUUCCUUCCACUUCCACAGGAAAGCCAAACUUUAGUUCAUCUCAAUGGCUGUUUUGCAGUAGAACAGACAAGAAAAAGAAUUGUUUCUCCAUCCCAUGAUGUCACCAAAACAGAAAAACGAGCAGACUGGAACCAGUCAUUGAUGUCAACAGCACUGAGCACAGCAUACAUAAACAUGCUUGAAAACAUCCAGAGCUCCAACAUAUCAGCAGAGUAUUCAGCAGUGUGGCCUGUGUCUUUUGAAGGAAAUCUCUUCAACUCUCUUGUGUCUGCAUUCUAUGAAGAUAUUUGCCAGGGUGAAUGCAAAGUAUUUUAUCAAGAUGGAAAUCCAUUGGAAAAGUUCUUUCUUGGUGAAUGUGUCUUUCUGGAUUUUACUUUGCAAGAUGAUCCAGAUGUGGGAAAAACUGCUUUCCAGUGUCUGAAGCAGUUUAAUCCUUUUGGAAGGCAAGUGAUGCACAUGCCUCUUCAUAUACAAAAUGAAUUUAAGGCGGCCGGCUGUGAGAGUUACUUGGAUGAACAAAUCUGCAGUGAAGAGAGUUUUUUCACAUCUGUUUUCCUUGUAAAUCUUCAGGACAACUUUUGGAACUCUGACAAAAGAAAGGAAGUACGCAACUGCCUUCUGAGGCGCAUUCUCAGGGGUGGCAAAGGGAAAGUCCUGAAGAAAAUGAAAGAUAUUGAAUGCAUUCCAACAAGGCCAGAAGGAUUACUUAGAAAACCAUCAGAGUUAAUUGACCCAUCUUCAGAUUUGCAUGAAAUUUUCUGUGUCUCUGACAACAGAUUUCCUGAAGAUGAAUUCAUGUUGUCAGAUGUCAAGCAGGCUUUGAUUGACCUUGGAAUGAAUACAAACUAUUUGCGUGAUGAAAUACUGCUUGAAAGAGUUCAGAGCAUACAAGCUUGUGCACAGAUUGAUUCUGAAUUAGCAAGAAAGAGGUGCAUUGCAGUAUUAAAAUAUAUCACAGUAAUCAAUCCGUCACAAAAUAUACUUGAAGAAAUCAAGAGCAUUCCAUUCCUACCAGUGAUGAAAAAACCAAGUGAUUGGCCAUGCCAAUGGGGCUCCAGCCAAGACUGUCAAUUUGCAGCUCCAAACAUGUUAUUCAGAAUGAACUGUAAGUACUUGAUUGGAAACAUACAGAAAAUUUUAGAUGAAAACAUCAUACAGGAAUCAGGGUAUGACUUAUUUAGAAAUCUUUCUAUGAAGUCUUCAGAAGAUGUGGAGCAAGACCUUGUAAUUUGUCAACUUAAAACUGUUUCAGAGUUGGGAAAUAAUGUACCAAGUUCAAAAGAAAACAAUUUGAGGAAAAUAUGUGAAGCUGUAUAUGAAUAUUUAAACAACUGUGUUUCAUUAGAAGACUUGGAAAGUUUUCAGACUUUGCCUUGUAUACUUACACAGUCCUGUGAGUUGGUGGAACCACGCCGUACAUCACUUUGCAGCACAGAUGAUGUUCCACCGUAUAUUUACAAAAUUGAUAAUAAAUGGUCGGACUAUGAAGAUUUCUUGUUAAGUGUUGGUGUUCAUCAGGUUGUGGAAUCAGAUCUCAUUGUAAACAUUUUAGAAAGCAUUGAGAUGGUAGAAGGGGAAGCUGUCGAAAAUCUAAAUGCUGUUGUCAAACUGUUCAAUUUGUUGGAUGGCAGCAGACUUGUGAAAGAGUUCCUUCUACCUGACCAUAAUGGAAUCAUGAGAAAACCAGGGGAUAUGUGUUUUGAUGAUGGAAAUGACAAAAUAAAUGAUAGAAACCUAAUUUUCACUCAUGCAGAUCUUAGAAUUACAGUGUGCAAGAAAUUCAAUGUGCAGUCUAAAAGUGCAAAGUACAUCAGAAGAUUUAAAUCUGGUAUGCCCUUUGGACAAAAAGAAAAACUUGUGACAAGACUUAACAAUAUCUUGGGUGAUUAUCCAUGUGAUAUUUCAAUACUUAAUGAACUUCUGCAAAAUGCAGAUGAUGCAGGAGCAACAGAAAUACACUUUGUGUAUGACAAACGAAACCAUUCUGAAGAGGAAUUAUUUGAUGAAUCCAUGAAAAGCAUUCAAGGACCAGCUCUUGUUGUCUUCAAUGAUUCUUGUUUCUCAGAGAAAGAUAUCGAGGGAAUAUCAAAUCUUGGAGAGGGGAGUAAAUCCGAUGAUCCCAAUAAAACUGGCCAGUUUGGAAUAGGAUUUAAUGCUGUUUACCACAUCACUGAUGCUCCAUCAUUCUUGUCAAAAGGAGAGAAAACCCCAAAUGGUGGAACUUUGAUUUUGUUCGAUCCACAUUGCAGAUAUGUUCCAGAUGCAACUCCGGAAGAACCUGGACUGAGAGUUGAUGAUCUCAGUUGUGUAAAAGAGAAAUAUUCAGGAACCUACCAAACCUAUCUGCAGGAUAUUCUUCCAGCAUCUUCAGGAACCUGGUUCCGUUUCCCCCUACGCACAAAAGAAAUGGCUGACAAGUCGGAGAUCAGUGAAGAUGAGAUUGAUGAUGAAAGAAUGUCUAAAAUUUUAUUGGCAUUCAAAAAGGAAAUGUCCAAAUCUUUGCUAUUCUUGAACAAUGUAAGGUGUAUUAAGUUGUCAGAGAUUGAAGAUGAUGAACAGAUUUCAACCCAUUGUGAAGUAAGUGCUGUACUUUAUGAAAAGGAUUCAGCUGAGAUGACAUUAUUUCAGUCAAAAUGCACAAAGGAGUUGCUGUCAUUGAAAACUGGACAAAAAGUUCUCGGUGAACAUUUAGGAUUUUCUUGCAAUUAUCACAUUGAUAUUAAGAUCAAAGCAGAUGACAGGGAAUGGAAUGAAACCUGGGCUGUAUCAAGAGUGUUUGGGACAAUGACAAAGAUUUCUUUGACAGAUGAGUUAAGAUUUGGAUACAAGACAAAGAAAGUAAAUCUCUCACCAAGAGCUGGUAUUGCAGCAUGUUUGACACCAAAGUCUGACAGUGAUUCGAAGGAGAUGAAAACAAAUAGUUUGAAGGACUUCUGUGAGAAUGAUAACAAUUUAGCAGAGUCUGCAACAAACUCACCAGAAAAUUUGAAGACCUCGAGGGCAUUUUGUUUUUUGCCUUUACCAUGUAGAACUGGCCUGCCAGUCCAUAUCAAUGGUCACUUUGCUCUGAAUUCAAGCAGAACAAAUAUUUGGAGAGACAGAAAAAACCAACACACUGUAAAAGGUGCAUGGAAUGAAUUGAUAUUAAGUGAAAUUUUACCAUUUGCAUACAUCACCUCUUUGCAGUUCCUCAAGAAAAUCUUAUUUCCUGGGUUGCAGAGCAAUCGUGCUGACAGUAUUGAUGUGUACAACAGUUUUUUCCCAGUCAUUGACGAAAUAAAAGAUGAUAUAUGGAAAAUAGUUGCCAAAAUACUGUAUAAUAAAGUGGUCUCAUGUGACAUUGCUCUGUUUCCAAUCCUGUUAGACGAUGAAACAAUUGCAUCAAUGAAGGCCACUGACUUCAUUCUUGCCAGAGAAACUGUAACAGACCAGGAAUCAGCAGUUGCUUUUGUACCCUUGAAAAGCCAGGAGCAGAGAUUCCCUGCAUAUUUUAAUGAGCUAAAAGAACAAUUUAAACAUGAAACCAAAGAGCCUUUUGAUGGUACCAAGAAUGAGAAUGAUGAUUCCCAAUGGGCAAUGAUUCAACACACAAGAGCUGCAGAAAUUACAAAAAUUCUGAAAAUGAUAGGUCUUAAACUGCUGAAUUCAACUUCAGAGGUAUUACAAAGCAUUAAAAUGUCUCUUUCAUCCUGUCAAAGCACUGAAUUUAUUCCUAAGGCAAUAGAGGCUGCUGAUGUGCUUCAGUAUUUGCUAUCAUGGAACACCAACUGUGAAGACAGAUGUAGAAUAGACUCUAUUGGUAUAGAAAUUAAAUCAUCAGUUCUGAAAGAUGUGACAAAUGUUGAGACUUUGUUGUCUUAUUGCUUUCCAAAUGGAGAACACAUCAGUCACCUGGAGGGAAUUCCAUUAUGUGUUUUGGAAAGUGGAAUACUGACCUGUUUUUCUGGGUCAUCUCCAAAAAUAGUGUCUGAGUUCUGUCAUCUGCUGAAGAAUUCAAAAGAUGCCUUUUUAAGUAGUGCACUGGUUCCUGUUUUCAAAAACAGUCUGAGUAACAGCCCAUGUCUUCAGAGACUCACUAUAAAACACUUUGCAGAACUUUUGGAAGAAAACCUCAGUAGUUACUACAAGAAUAGGUAUCCAGUUUUGUGGAAUGAUGGUGAAAUAGAAGUGCCAUGGAUUAAGAAGGUGUGGACAUUCCUUGUUUCAACAAACAGCAAAGAAGAGGUAGCCAAAGACUGCAUCCAGUAUCUCUCCGAUUGGUGUCUUGUUCCCACUCAAAACAGAAUGGGAGAAUAUUAUUUAUAUCCUUUUUGCUUGGCUGAUGCUGUUUUGAGUACCAACUUUGACUGGAAAGAUCGAACAAUGUCACAAGUUGUGCCAAGAAUGGAUUUUCCAAGAUUAUUGAAACUAGAGUUGGUUAAAAGCCAGAAGCUUUCAAAUUAUUUAUGUGCUUCUGAGUCAACACCCCGAAAUGUUCUGAGAAUGUUUCAGUAUCACAAAGGAAAGUAUUGCCUAUCCACAGCAAAUGCAAAUCAAGUUCUAUCAUUUCUUUUAGCCAAGCUGCAUUCUAAAGUGUCAGAAAAAGAUGAGGAAAUUAUGACUCUCUUCCAAGAUACUUGUCUGUUUGAAACCUUUGAUGGAUUGGUGACUGAUUUAUCAUUAGGAAAGAAAACAAUAUGCUUGAAAGAUGAGGAAAAUUUUCCAGAGGAUAAUCUACAUUUCAUGUGUGAAUGUUUGGGAAUUACUCUCCUCAGAAGAAAAGACUUCCUGGAAGAUUUUGGAAUUGUUUAUUUGAAGCAGGAAGACUUCUAUGUGGAUAUUUUCCUACCCAAUGCAAAUUCUUUGGAGAACUUCAUCUUUAGAAUUCAUAUGGAGCAUAUCAAAAGUACAAAAAUGUACGCUGGAGAGCAAAAUGAAAUGAUGAGAGAAUUGAUAGCAGGCAUACCAUGGAUAGAAAAUAAAGAAACAGGAACAUUUCAGAGAGUUUGUGACUUCUAUUCACCAUAUUUAGAGGUUUGCAGUCUUCUUUGCUCACGGACUGAUUUAUUACCUGCAGAGUUCCAUGAUUCAGAAUGGGAAGAUUUUAUGGAAUUUGCUGGGAUCAAGAAAGACAUACCAUUUGAGAUGUUGCUGGAUUUUGGUAAACAGAUUGAAAAUGCAACCACCUUUGAUGAGCUUGUUAUAAGAAAGUCCAAGGUUCUUUUGAAUUACAUAUUCCAGGAGAGGAAACUAAAAGAUGGAUUUUCAGUUUUCAUGAGAAAUUUCAGGAAGAUUAAUUGUGUGCUUCCUUUUGAAGUCCCAAAGACACAUGCAGAAAUACUACCUCAGUGUGGGAGUGAUAGAUUUGUUUGUUUUGAAGGAUCGUUUUUUUCAAAAGGAUGGGAACUGGUUUGGUCACAGUGCAUUGUUAUUCCUGAGAAAGUGGUUGGAAAAGUAGAUAAAGAAAAAGUAGAUAAAGGAAAAGUAGAUAAAGACAUUCUCGGGAUCAGGAAUGCUCCUAAUGUCAGUGAUGUGAUUAAUCAUAUUCACAAACUUUGUGCUAAAUUAAAAACUGAUAAGUGCACAGAGAAAUCAUUGAAACUUAAAUUGAUGGAACGUGUUUACACAGAGCUAGACAAUUUGUUGUCCUCUUCUCUGAAUCGAAAUUUUCUCGUACAGGAGCUGAAGAGGGGACUUAGUGAAACACCAUUCAUCUAUAAUCACGGUAUAGAUGAAUUCCUUUGUCCUUAUGAAGUUGCUUUGCAGCUUGACACAGAAAAAUGUAUAGAGGGCUACCUGCACAGAGGACCUGAAAGAUUUGGCAAAUUUUAUGAAAUGUUUAGAGAGAUUGGUGUUGAGGAUAAUCCAGGAUUUUACCAUUAUUUGCGUUUGUUUAACUCGCUGCACAGAAAAACAUCUUCAAAAUCAAUGGCACCAAAAGAGAUUGAGGUUGCACAAGAAGCAUUUAAGGACUUACUGAGGUGCCUUGAAGCUAAAAAUCUUGAGUUCAGACAUAUCCCACAAGUGCUUGAUUUAUAUCUGCCUUCAGAUGAUAACAAGCUAGUGCUUUCCACAGAGCUCGUUUUGUGUGAUAGACCAUCUUUUAAAAAAAUAUUAGGUGAAGAAUCUACAGUUCAAUAUGUAAAGAUAGACUCGAUGCAAAAAACAGAUUUGCUCAAGAAACUACCAGAUCAAUUCAGACCCAAAUCACUAUCUGGACUUUUUCAUGAGGUGACUGAAAUAGGACAUGGAUGUGAAACUGAUGACUAUAUUUCAAGGCUGAGGAGAAUUUUCCAGUGUGAAGCUUUCGUGGAAGGAAUUAUCACCUACAUUCAGACAAAAGUAGAAGAAGGUGUGGACCAGCAGCAAAAGAGCAGCAUUGUAAGUUCACUCCAGAAUGUUCAUUUUAAACAAGUUGCUUCUCUGCAGACAGUCCUGAAAAACAAUGAAAAUCAAAUGCUGAUAGAUAAAACUCGUAGAGACAAAUACAUUUAUUACACAAAGACUGAUGAUGGAAUUGUGAUUUAUUUGAAAAUGAAUCCGCUUUGGACUUCCUUUGAACAGUGCUUUGAGGCAUGGAAAUCUAAACUUGGUCAGGUUGUCUGUCUGUGUGUGCCUAAGAGGAUGCUUGUAUCACAUCAGGAUGGAGAUUUCAUUGCUGAACUCCUGCUUUGUGAUUCAGAUAUUGACAUUGUAGAGGUUUGUAAGAAUCACCAAAUUAAACUACAGUCAAAAAGUUGGUCACCUGCUUUGGGGUCACAUGUACCCAUUGAUCUCCAUGAUACACUUGACAACACAUUCUGUGAUUUUCAAGAGGGAGAUAUUGUAGCAUAUGAAGUAUUUGACCCCCUUGUAGAGGUUGAUGGUGAGGAUAAUAUACUGGUGCUUGACUCUGAAUUUAUUUACGUUCGUGUGAUUGAAAAAGAUGAUGAAGCUGAGUUUCCCUAUUAUACUGUGUUUGAUGGUACAAAGAAUAUGUCAGUGAGCUCAAUUAAACUUUAUAGAUUUGUUCGCAAGGCUGAGGAACAAACAACUGAGGUGGUGCCAUUUAGUACUGAGAGGAUUCAGAAACAAAGCAAAGACCAGGUUCGUAUCCUUGCUGAUAUAAAAAGAAAGUUGAUCGCUGCAUGGAAGUUACCAAGACCAGAGAGAAAGGCAGUCAUUAAAAGAUUGCUUCUUCAAUGGCAUCCAGAUAAAAAUCCUGGAAACACUGAUGUGGCAAAAGAAAUCACUCAGUUUAUUCUUGAUAUCAUUGGAAAGUUGGAACGAGGAGAAAUAAAAAUAGAAGACUAUGCAGCGGGAUAUAGUGGUGAAGGAUCAUCUUACCACUACGGAACGUCUCAAAACGAAUGGCACCAUUUUCAAGAAAAUGUUAACAGCUGUGGGAGUAAGCGACAUCAGAACAGGAGACAGGACAGGUAUUCCAGUGGUGGCUACUAUAGUGGAUCUAUGUAUACACGUCAGCCACCCGAUCCACAACCAGCUGUUGGUCUUCAAUGGUUGAGGCAGUCCAAGUAUGACUGUCGGGCAGCAAUUGACAUAAUCAGAACUGGUGGACAGCAGGAUUCCAAUACCAUAAAAAUCUGGAACUAGGUCUGCUACAUAGCUCAUCAGUCUUGUGAGAAGGCACUGAAGGCUGUAUUGUAUGGUCAGGAUGCCAACAUUUCCAACCUCUAUAGGACUACCCAUGACUUGUCCUUGCUUGCCUCGGCUUCUCCCUCCCUUGCCUCAGCUCGUGACCCAGUGAAUGAGUUUGCUAGAAAUAUCACCAAUCUCCACACCACAAUGAGAUACCCUUCUGAUGGACAGCUACCUGGAGACAGGUUUACCAAGGUGCAAGCCGAGAAAGCUGUGAGCAUUGCUCAGAGAGUUAUUGAGGCAUGCGAGAACUGCUUAGUGUGUUGACCAAAAAAAAAAAAAACGAGUUAUUGAGGCAUGCAAGAACUUCUUAGCUUCAAUGUUCAAGGUUCAAUGAUCAUGUACUAAUUAACAUAAUGAAUCCUUUAAUUGUAGAAGAUACAGGUAUAUCAAAGUGCAAAUCUUUUUUUGUUUUUUUUUUAAAUAUGUUUGAUAAUUUUUUUGAAUUCAUUUAGAUUUCACUGUAUUGUAGAAUGGUUAAUAUUUCUAUAUAGGUUGUGAUGAGAGCUUUACCAUAUUUAGAUAAUUCUUUUUAUCGUAGCAUUACAUGUGAAGCUAUUUUUUUUACAAGU